AUGUUUUAUGUGGUCAUAGAUGCGGCCUUGCGACAAGUAAAGCGAUAUUGCAUUGCGUUUGUGAUUCCUAAGCUGGAGACCACCAGCGAAGACGAGCUCCAACCAUCGCCUGAAAAUGCGUCUUGGGUGCGCUCAACUUUCUUGUCACCCAAAAAGGCAGGCCAAGUUCGAUGA